UUCUAUCCUUCUCCUUCCCAUAAAAAUGCGCAAAUUUUAAACGCGACAAAGAGCCUGCUGCAGUUUCUUUUUCCUACUCAAUGCAAAGUUGCAACAAGCAAGGAUUUUCCCCAGCUGCAAGGCCUUCUCUGCUUUGACGAGAGUGUCUUCCGGUUUUGUAUUUCUACAUGCUUGCUCGAUCUUUUGCCUUUUUCCCAAACAAUCCCAGGCACUACAAUCAUGCACAAAGCACUGCCUCCUUGGGUGAUUUAAUCCUACCCAUUUCGUUGCACGCGAUGGCAAGAAUCCAAAUGCAGGUGCUUCUGAAUGCUGCUGGCAUGGCGUUUUUGUCUGGGAUCACAAAGAGAAUACGUGUGGGUUUGCGGUUGCCUUAUUUUCUCCAGCACAUUUCUUGGAUGAACUUGCUAUGCCUACUUGCAGGCGUACUUUUGGACAAAAGGGUUUUUCUUUUAUCUUUUGAGGAAUGAUGACAAAAAAGGGGUUGGUUGAGUCUUUGCCUAAAUCUUGUAUCUUCUGGCACUGUUGUUGCUAAAGCAGUAAUGUCUCUUUGCCUAGAUCUUGUUUUGUAUCACGUCGGCUGCCACUGUUGUUGCAAAAGCAGCUGUCUUCCAUUCCCCACCAAAGUUGUAAUCAAUUAAUCUUCAGAGCUCCUCAGAUUCUCUCUCACAUCGAUCAGCAAAUAUUUUCAGUUCAGUUUCAGGCAAGAAGCGCAUCAUUCCUUGGCUAUCUCGAUCGUUAUUAGAAGAGGACGUCGUCGGCAGCGGCACGAUAGAUGAAGCACACGACGUCGGAGUCGGACGUGACGAGCAUGGCGACGACGUCGCCGCCGCGGACGCCCAAGACCCCGAAGCGGCCGGCGUACUACGUGCAGAGCCCGUCGCGCGACUCCCACGACGACGGCGACAAGUCGUCGACGACGCACACCACGCCCGUGUACAACAACAGCCCGCUCGACUCCCCCUCGCACCCCUCCACGGGCCGCCACUCCAGGAUCUCCUCCGCCACCCGCUUCUCCGGGACGCUCCGCUCGUCGUCGCCCGGCAGCAGGGCCGGCGACCGCAAGCGGACCAAGGGGUGGCGCGAGAUCGCCGCCAUCGACGAGGAAGGCGCGUACGACGAGCUUGACGAGGAGCCCGAGCUCCCGCGCUGCUGCGUCGUCGCCUUCUGGCUCUCGGCUCUUCUCCUGGCCUUCACCGUCAUCUGCCUCAGCGUCUGGGGCGCUGCUCGCCAGUACAAGCCUAGCGUCGCUGUCAAGAGCUUGACGGUGCACAAUUUCUACGCCGGAGAAGGAACAGACCGCACCGGGGUGCCGACGAAGCUGGUCACACUCAACUGCUCACUGAAGAUAAACGUUCACAACCCCUCUACAAUGUUCGGCAUCCAUGUGUCCUCAACCUCGAUUCGGCUCAUGUACUCGGAGAUCGCGGUCGCCAACGGCCAGUUUGACAAGUUUUACCAGCCACGGACCAGCCGUCGCGUCGCCUCCGCGAUCCUGCAUGGCGAGAAGACGCCCCUCUACGGAGCCGGCGCCACGCUUGCUCCGUCCAACGCCGGAGGCAGAGUGCCAUUGACGCUACAACUGGCCGUCAGAAGCAGAGGGUAUGUGAUGGGGAAGCUUGUGAGGGUGACACACGCGAGGCGUGUGAGAUGCCCGAUCGCCAUCGAUCCCGGCAGCUCCAAGCCAGUUAGGUUCCGUCAGAGCGCUUGCACUCACACCUGAGGAAGCUACCUUCUGGAUGUGUUGUUCUUCAUCCUGGGCUGGCUGGCUUAAUAACAGUUGCUUGUGAUCAUGUAAAUAUAGUUACUACUUACUAGGCUGAUCAUAUGACCUGAUGGUGAUCAAAUAAAGAAGGGAUGUGCAGUUUGC